UGCAUCCGGAGGGGGACACACUACUUUUAGUGCUAAAAGAAUUACAUGUCUGAAGCAACGACUAACGGCCAAAUUACCGAAAAUAAAACUCGAAAUAAUCAACACUAGACAGACUUCGCGGACUCUACUUUGUGUCUGUUUUACUACAGUGUGCGACCCGCGAGGUUUCGCCAUGCAUCAAUUUUGCUGGACGAACACCUUUAACUUACCUUCGUUAAGGUGAAUCGGCUUCCUAUUGAUUUGACGUGGACUCCCGUCUGAUAAUCAGCAUUUUCUGAAGAAGACUAUUUAAGCGCAUGCGCCGCCAUGGAAGUCGAUCGUAUCAAUCCACUUCCAAAGGACGUGGUUAACAGAAUUGCUGCAGGAGAAGUUAUUCAGCGGCCCUGCAAUGCCCUUAAGGAAAUGCUGGAGAAUUCUAUCGAUGCGAAAAGCUCAAAAAUCAACGUCGUAUUGAAUUCAGGCGGACUAAGGUUGAUCCAAAUACAGGACGACGGUUGUGGGAUCGCUAAAGAAGACCUUGCCAUCGUCUGCGAACGCUUUACCACAUCGAAGUUGAAUUCAUUUGAGGAUCUUAAGAAAAUCUCAACAUUUGGCUUCCGCGGCGAGGCGCUCGCAUCAAUCACAUACAUAGGCCACGUUAAGAUUGCUACAAAAACCGAUGCGGUCCCAGUUGGCCAUGAGUGUUGUUAUCGGGAUGGAAAAAUCAUUGAAGGAUCAGGUCCUAAUCCGGUAGCUAUGAAUCGUGGAACAACGAUCACUGUCGAGGACCUGUUCUUUAAUGUUCCUCAACGGAGACAGGCUUUUCGCUCGACUGCGGACGAAUUUCGCCGUUGCGAAACCUUAGUCUCAAAUUAUGCUGUUCAUUUCCCCUCCAUCGGGUUCACUCUAUCCAAAAGUGGCGAACUUAGCUAUGCUGUCAAUACGCAAAAAAAAUCGUCCGUAAUUGAGAACAUACGUGCGCUCCAUGGCCAGGAAAUUGCUCGAGAACUUUUGCCUCUCGAAUUUACUGAUGACAAGAUCUCUCUUCGGGUAAAGGGAUACAUUUCUAAGGCGAACUACUCAAGCAAAAGGCGGACCCAAUUUAUCCUCUUCAUCAACAAUCGGCUGGUCGACUCCGGUGCGAUUCGAAAUUGUCUGGACACGAUCUACCAAAGGUAUCUGCGUAAAGACGACAAACCGUUCAUCUACCUUUCGUUAACGAUGCCCACUGAGAAUGUGGACGUGAACGUCCAUCCGACCAAAAGUGAAGUUGGAUUCUUACAUCAAGAAUACAUCCUCGAGAAACUACAAGGAGCUGUGGAUAAAACUUUAUUUGAUUGUGACUCAUCCAGACACUACCUGACAAAGCAGCCGGUCCUUUCAUUCGGAAACGAGUUAGGAGACGCCCAGGAAUCUCGUCGAAGCGAAAAAACUCAGGAACCUGCUGUAGAUGGCAAUGGAAAGCACCAGCAACCCAGAGAUGACAAAGGAGUAGUCCGAACCGAUUCUUCUCAGGAGAAGCUGACAACUUUUUUCUCUCAGCAGGUUACUAAUGGAACACCAAAUCAGGAAUCGCAGACACUACUCACAAGUGUUUUGGAGCUGCGUGAAGAGCUGGCAAUAAGCGCCGAUUCAGAGUUGUGCCGGAAACUUUCCAAGUUAACGUUCGUCGGUGUCGUAUCCAGCAAAUGUUCCCUAGUGCAAAUCGGAACCAGCUUAAUGAUGGUCAACCACAUGUCUUUUUCAAAGGCUUUAUUUUACCAGUGUGCACUCGAAAGAUUUAGCAGUUUUCCCGCGUUCGAGUUCGAGCCGAUGCCAUUAAACGACCUGUUAACUUUGGCACUUCAGUCUACGGAGUCCGGAUAUGAAAUCGAGAUGAAUUGCCAAGAAGAGCUAGUCGCAAUGGCGCGAAAAACUCUCGAGGCUCGAGCUCAAAUGUUGGCCGAAUAUUUUUCGUUAGGUAUUCUGGACGGGUACAUAUACCGAGUGCCGGUCCUAGUCAACGGUCUUAAACCACGGCCUGGACAACUACCGCUAUUUCUACUACGAUUAGCAUCCGAUGUGAACUGGGAGAAUGAAAAGGCCUGUUUCAGUGGAGUGUGCACGGUACUUGCACACUUCUACGCAAGCAGCUGUUCAGAAACCGACUUAGCAGAUAUUGUCUUUCCAGCAAUACGACGAAAGCUCAAAGUGCGCUCCAAGUUUAUGAAAAAACUAGUUAGGUUGACUUCAACUGAGGAGCUCUAUAAAGUAUUCGAGCGUUGCUGAUGUGCAGCACGUGUUCGAAUUAGUAUCAAGCCGAUUGUCGUCCAUAUGAUCUAACAGGAUGUUCCAUGAAGCCAGUAAUAAUCCUAAUGUGUAUAUCACUGUCAAUACCAUUAUUUUACUGUAGUACAUGUUGAUUUCCAUUUGUUGAAUAAAAUGCCUUCUUCAUUUUAGUACUCUGACAGUCAUGACACAUAAAAGCAGAUGCACUGUUACUAAAUGCGCAUCUACUAAGAUGAAUAUUUGGAUUAUAAAGAUUCAGUCCGCUCGCUGAUCUGAAUAUGUAUGAUAGGAAUAAUAGUUGGACGGACGGUUAUCCCUUCUAUCAGAAAACAUGCUUUGUUCUCAGUCAGAUCGCUAAACAAUACGGUCGCCUUAUCAAACUAUUAAAAUUGUUUUAAACAACUUCAACAUUUUAAUUCCCUAACCUUACCUAGGUGCACAUUUCAAAUCCGUUCAAGAUGUUUGACUUAAUGAAUAGACUCACUUAAUUUAGUUAAGACAGAGGUUCUACACUUAUUUUACCAUUUCAUUCUUCAUUUACCUAAUCUUCACCCCUUCGUGUAUGAGUAAAACGCAUUGAAAUACAGGCCGAUGUCUGGAAUUACAGUUCUACGUGGUCGGAGGAAGUCGUUUUAAAUAUUGGAACAAAUCGUG